AUGUCCUCGAAUCUGCUGAAGCUCCCAGACUGCACCGAACCAGUGACCAAUGCAGACGAGGAGAUCUUCCUCAUAUACACAGCUCUGAACCAAAAACCACUCGACCCAACAGGACCAGACGGGUUCCGCGGCCUAGGACACGUCGAUUCUCGCAAGGAUACUCUUUCCAUCCGAUUUGAACUCACCGCACCAUCACAGCCAACACCCUCCUUGGGAGCCGCCGAAUCUAAAUCGGCGUCGAGAUCACGAAAGGGCAAGUCCGCGAGGAAAACUUGUAGUGAAGAGACCCCACACGUCAUCGAGAUCGAGCUCGCGCAAGACAAAACUGCGCUACGCAGUCGAAAAGGAGAUACUGGUAGUGUCUUGUGGCGAGCGAGCAUUGCGUUCGCCCAAGUUAUCCUGCAGCAGCAUCGCUUCCCUCCAAGCAGCCCGUUACUCGAUAAGGAUCUACUCCGGGAGAGCCAUAUACUUGAGUUAGGUGCAGGCACGGGUUUGCUUAGCGUCGCGCUUUCUGCAUGUGCAAAGAGCUACACUGCAACGGACAUCGCAUCCCUUCUCCCACUUAUCCAAAAAAAUGUCGCCCUUAAUUUCGCAGGUUGGACGCAAAAUACAAGGCCUCCAGAGGGAUCACCAGGAUCGAAUAUCUCUGUGGAAGAGCUAGACUGGGAAACACUGCUGUCAUUGCCGCCAACUGGUCGGUCACGCUAUUACCCCACGCCACCUGAGCCCAACGCCAAGUGGGAUCUCGUCCUGGUCGUUGAUUGUAUCUACCACCCUUCGCUUCUUCCCGCACUCGUUGAGACAAUCGAGACUGUCUCAACUGCAGGGAAGACGUGGGCAUUGGUGAUCGUUGAACUGAGACAAGAAGAUGUCGUGAGGGAGUUCCUUGAGAGAUGGUUGACCAAGGGGACUUGGCGGUUGUUCAGGGUAGACGGGCUUUUGGAUUUACCUUAUGUGAUUUGGGCUUGUCAGAAGUAUGCUUAA